AUGGCUCCGCCGCCGGAGGUUUAUUUUCCGUCGUUAGACGAUUGUUUAUCUGGCGAUGCCCAGCUUAUCCCCUGGGAAUCAGCAUUUCUUCGUCUAACCAGCUCCGACGACAAUAUCACUGGAUGUGACAGUCUUUUCUCCUUCUUGACAACCCCCGAAAGCGUUCGCAUACUCUCCAACCCUUUCGAUCCUUACCCGAAACCUUCGGACACAACCAAAUCUGCGUUUCAAUCGAAAACAGCAGCGAUUAAUGUUACUCCUGCUUUACGAGCCCGAUGUAAUUUUAACGAUAUCGAGGGAGAUGCACUAUGGCUCAGCAAAAAAACGUUGAUAGACGAGGUCUCUGCCCUGAGACUUGCUGUGCAGGAAUGGCAAAGCCGGCCUGAGCUUGAUCUAUUGAACCAAUUUUCCGAGGAGGAAGUAGCAAGCCUUCAAAGUGUGGUUAGUGUCGGGCAACUGUCGCAUCAGGCGGGCGGGACCCAAGCCCUCGAGUUUCUCAAAGGGCCAAUUCGGAAAGGACAAGCUACUGAAUCCCUUUCAGAGGACGAAAGGCGGCUAAAGCUGUUCCGGCUGUACCUUGUGGAGAAGCAGAAUAUUAUAAAAGUGGCGCUCUAUGUAUUAAGUGUGUCUUUACACGGGAGGUUGCCCGGGACAUAUCGACGUUUCCAGGGAGGUGCAGGAGAUCGAUCAAGCCAACAAUGCACGAAAUUGGAUGAGCUUGGAGCAUCAAUCUUCCCCAGGCAAAAUGACGGCUCCCUAGACAAACCGGGGUUAACUAUCCAGGCUUGUAUUGAAGCCAUUCAAUCGUGCCUGAGCAAAAUGAAUGGAGGAAGCGACUGGCUUUCACCUGAAGCUGAAUACGCUCAGCAAUUGAGUAUUAUAGAAGAUGUUGUGCAAAUUAUGCAAAUCCUGUUCCUUCAACUUCAGGAAUCAGAAAAUAUUCCGUCGGCUGAAGUAUUGCUAUCGUGGCUACACCUCAUAGUUACAUACGACUUCUUCGACCAAAAUCGCCCGUUAUCGCAGGAAGAGUCAACAUUAUUCGACUCUUUAAAGUCUCUCACUUCUAUCAUCACGCUCUCGUUUUUGAAAUUGCGUACCGCGACCACCCUAUUUGAAGCUGCUGCUGCGACCCCUUCAAGGACGAUACCGGAUGUGUGGGGCGACACACGUCCGUCCUUCUUAUCCUGUGAACAUAUCAGCGAGAUCAAUGAAAUCUUUCUUAAGGCUGCCGACGCGGAAAAAUCAGGUGCAAGUCCUGCAAUGUUUGCAUGGGGUAUGAUCAUGUUCACUCUAAGGGAGAUCGCACUAGCAACAAGGGAAGAUCGCGAACUCCAGCAGGCACAGUACGCUGUCGAUGCGUUUAAUGGAGGUACUUCGUCCAUACUUGCACCUCGGAAUGCUGACCCGUCUGUCUAUGAGGAGGCAUAUGAGCGGGCACGUAAUCCAGCGUUCGAAGACGACUUCGUCAAGUUUAUGAUUUCAAUCGCUGUCGACAGGUGUCGAGUUUUUGAUGUCGCUUCGAGCAUCAUCCGUCAACUUGAUGGAAUAUCCGGUUCCGUGAACGGCAGUUUGAUAACACGAUGGGCUCGAGUUGAGAUGCUUGACCUUGUCCGAGUGAGCGUUGAGUAUUUGAGCUAUAUACCCGAACUACUUUCGACCGUCUUACAGGUCAUGGCGUGGCCGAAUUCGGCGUGGCAUUGUGUCGGUGACUCUCCCACCGAAAAUGAUGGCGGUGUCAAAGGGAUUUUCCUCUGUGAUGAGAUAUUAAUGAGCAAGCUAUUUAAGAUUGCGAAAUCCCGAUUUCCCUACGAAGCGAUUAACUUUCUGAAGCUUUGCAGGUCACUGCUGGACUGCAACUUAAGCACAGACGAUGGCUAUCCUUUGAUUUUCCAAGAACUCGAAUACAUGGAAGCCUAUACUCAAAGAGUUUCCCCCGGCUUUCACGGUUAUCAGUCUACCCGCGAAGAUGAAAAUGCUAAUUAUGUGUCUCUUAUUGAGCCUCUAGAGAUGAAAGAGCUGUCGUCAGCACGAAAAGAUUAUGCGGCUCAAUCCGGAUCAGAGCUGAUGGUGAUGAGCGGAGCGUCCAUUCUACCCGCCGAAACUCUAGGCCAGGUCGUUAACGAAUCUAAGCCUGCCGUGAUUAUGUGGCAUUACCGAUAUAACUGUCUUUGCUUCCUUGGAAUGUGGUUGGAGCAAGCAACAUACAGUCGCAAAACAGAUAGCGAGCCCGAAGAAGAUAUAAUAUCUGAGAUAAUUGGUCUGCUGGCUGAUUUAGUUGCUUCAGCGCAAGGUCUUGCAAAGCAACAAGGAGUUGAAUCUGCUGCUAAAAGGAUCCUAGAAAUGGCUAGUGAUGGUUUAAACCACCACGGGGACAUAAUCUCCGUUGUUUUCGACAUAUUUGAGCGCAACUUACAAAGUGCAACCACCAAGAUGGGUACAGAGCGCGGGUUGGAGACUACAACUGCUUGCCUUUCAUUCCUUAACUCCCUCGUCACAGUUAUUCCAGGACGAGUGUGGCCGUUUCUUACGCGAAGCAGCUUCAUCGCCGGAGACGGCAACGGGGGAACACUCCCUGCGAUUGUUUCCGCCAUUGAAGUGAAUACAGGCGAUUUCUCCUUCCUUCUUGAAGCCGCUCGUACCUUUAAGCUCAUUGUUGACGAUGUCGUGAGGCAUGUUGCGGUCCGAAAGAUAGCGGGUAGUGUUACAGCGAAAGCUACCCAUGUCACGGAGUACACUGCUGGUGCUCCGUCGUAUGUGAUGAGCAACCUCCUGCAAUCCUUUGUGCGCAUAAUGGUCGACGUGUACAACAGCAGUUACAGUUGGAGAUUUAACGACGCUAGCCAGUCGCUGCGGUUAAACAUCUCCCUUACGGAGGCUUUCCACGAUAUCCUACACUACACAUAUGGAGUUGAUGACGAAAAAGACUUAGAUUCGAAACUCACGGGGGUCUUUGCGAAUUCAGCACGAUACCUACUUAAAAUGUUGCGUCCAUCUUCCAAAGACGGCAUUUUCUUCAACCCAGUUUUGCGUAUAAUUUUAAAUGGCUACCACAAUCCUCUGCUAGAUCGAAGUGCCUAUUUGCGAUACCUCCAAACACGGUUGGUUGAUGCGGCGCUAAAUCUGUCGUCGACCUUAAUACAGUCCGAAUGGAACCCCCAGUCUCCAAUGACAGGCUUGGAAAAGCAGCUUUUCGACGCCUCGCCUGUCCUCAUCCGCCUGUAUGUAUUUUCUCAGGCUUACCAGCUGCCAGUUGUGAAAUUGCUAGAACUUUUGCUGGCACACGCUUCGAUGGAUAAGGAGCAGGAGCCGCCAUCUCUACUUGGACACCUUGGUGCAGAGUCAUCCUGUCGAUUUUUGGACGUCCUUUCAAAGUUCGACCAACCUUUUGAUGAUACUAUCCUUAAUGCGGCCAUAUGGAAGUUUCUCACGACAGUCAUUAGCAAGCGGCAACAAUGGCUUGCCGUUUUCUUACUAACUGGCUCAUCACCACGUGACGCUUUAAAGGAGGUCGACGGAGAAAAGCCAGCCAUGCAAUCGAAGCCAUUUUUGCAAGCAGCUCUCGAUUUAAUAUCACUCAUCGAUAGUAUACCCUCACAGCUCGUACUGUCCGCUCUGGAGUUCAUUGCGAAAGCUCAAGAGAAUUGGCCAUGGGCUACACCACAGCUAAAAAACCACGCCGACUUCUUUCCAAAGAUGGUCAACUAUGUUUCGAAUUUGGAUAUGCGACGCUAUUCGCCAUACGAGCAGUGCAUGAACACGAGGAUAGCAUCGCUCAUCGCGGAUAUUUGCGCCGUAUAUCUACAUAGUGCCAAGGAGCAAAGGGAUUGGACCUUUUUUAAGACGCUUAUUCCUCUCAUUUCUUGGUACUCUGAGAAUGCGGUUGAAGUCAACGGCUAUAAUACUUCUCUCCACGUAAACCUCAAGAGGAAUUUUGAAAUGAAAUACCCAGGGUGUAGCCUAUUCGCAAUUAAAAGGACGUCGCUUGAUAACCCUGUGUUUGGAGAAAAUUAUUUUUACGAUAUUGCAUCGGGCACAAAAAUAUUUGGCUAUGAAUUCGCGUGGACUGGCAGCCGAAAUCAAGGGUUUGUGGACGAGAUUAAAAGAGCCAAUGAAAAUUUAUCUCUUGUCCAGGCUCAAAUGGACCUUCUCCACAGUUUCAAAUUUCUCGCAAUCGAACACUGCGCAGACUUCAUGCCAGAUCGCGGGGUUCAAAAGUCAAUGGCAUCUGUUGUACGCCACUGCCUUACGGCAAACUCACAGAGCGUUCCGAAUGAAAACAUCUUCUGCAAACUCCAUCAGAUCCGAGCAGAAUUUGCUUUGGGUCUUCUGCAAAGACUUGUGGAGGUUCAGGCGAAAGGAAGUGAAGUGUUUGCUCUUCUUCAGACCGUUUGGGAUGCUACCCGAUUUAGAAAUCAAACCUACGAAGCAGCUCUCGCGAACGAUGAUACCGAGUACUACGGGAUGCUGUUAAACAUCCUCUUCCUAGCUUUACAAUUCCACGUUGGUGGUAAAAGUCGAUUGGUCCCGGAGGCCGUCAGCAAGAAGCCAGAAGUCUCAGGACACCUGGAAAUUGUGCUUGAUAUUGUCAGGGUCAUCGCUGCGCGAGGUUUCCGUUCCUUGACGACGUAUUUGCAUGAUGCGCCACAGAAAUGCUCGCCAAAGGACUUUGCGCUGUUAACGGCGAUCCUGCAGACAGCUCUGAAAGUCAAAAGCGUAGAUAGAAUCUACGAGCAAAUCGCCUUCCAUCUUGCCGAUGCCGACACAAUUCGAUACGCGUGCACCCUUUUCUCCUGGUCCUACAAACUCACCGUUGAAGGAGAUCCCAUAUAUGGAGAACUUAGCAUCCUCUACCUGCUCGAACUUUCCUGUAUUCCUAUGAUGGCUGAGCAAAUAGCAGUGGAUGGAGUUCUCGUAAAAUUAUCGACAUACCGAUUGACCGACGUACUUCGUCAGCCUCAAGGAUGCGGUCCCUUUGACCAAGUGCCAAGGCUAUUCACAAUCUGGCACAACGGGUUCCUCCCACUCUGCCUCAAUUUGCUAUACCACGUCGGGCGUGCAGCUCCAGAAGUAGCCGCCUUUCUCAACCAAUUUGAAGGCCAACUUCGUCGAGCGUCUGAAGCUUUUUCCAUCGGCCAUCCCAGCGUGACGAGCCCCUUCGGCUCGCCAGGCCCUCGCAGCUUGUUAUCCUCUGGACAGUCAAUCAAGCGCCUUUCGCUUGGUAUGGCAACCGAGGCGUGCUCUCUGGCUCUCAUAUCCUUGAUCAUCGAAAAGUUUCGUGACGCCGGCCCAAGUGCAGGAGUUGAUUCACAAAAUAUGCAGGAGCUGAAAUGGGACCGUAACCGGGUGAAGGAAGAUAUCGAAGUUCUUUUAGAGAAGAAAUCCAUCCUUCGAUCUCGCAUUGCCCCCACCAAUGAAAAGGAAGUGGCGUGGGCGCAAAGAAUCGCGUCCGAUUCUGACGGCGGCGCGGAAAGCUUGCUGGAGGAGAAGAUUGUAAAAGAACUACAGACGGUCCUCUCUUGUAUUGGUGGUAGUGAUUAAACUUGCUGAGCACAAAGGGAGGGGAGAAAAACAUUCUAUAGUAGUUUUGGUGUUUUGGAGCUCUUUUUUGAUCAUCAUGUGGAGAACGUCGGAUAUCCUUGUUCUUGUUGUCCGAGUCCGCGGAGCCCGAUAUUUGCUUUGUGGUAGUUUUAUGUUAUUUUAUUUUGGGCACCUCAUGUUAGCAUAAAGCUUGGGUUUAUCAUUCUACUAGCGUUUAGAACCCCUG